AAAUCCAGGAUAUUAAAUACAGGAGCAGCAGCAGAUGAGGAGGAGGUUCACUGGACUCGCUCUCUCCUCCUCGUGAACUGCUGACUGUUUCCAGACGCCAACACAUGCCCUUCAUUGUGCAAUCGAGCAUCAACAAAUUAUGCACAACCGGUGACCUCUGACCCCCUUUUCCACGGAUGCUGGACUCAGCUUCCGUAACCCUAUCCUCCCACAAAGCGUCAGCAGCUUUGAUGCUACUCCUACCCCACAUUAUACUAAAAUAUCUACAUCCUGCGGUUCCCGCUCUGUCCAGGUCAGCUAUAGCUUCUGUUAGCAUUUUUAAUAUGUGGUCCAUGUCAGCAGGAGGCACCAAUGAUUAUUUCAUUGCCCUUUAUUGGGCCACUAGGGGGUGUAGUAAAAAUUAAGCAAUACAGUGUAGAAAUGCUUUGAUUCUCCUCUCAUUGGGACUCAUAUUUAAUUGUUCUACCACUCAGAUAUAUAUACACAGUGUCCAGGAGGGGUCCUCAGGAUCAAAUGUCAUUUCUUAUGUCAGUCAGUAUCAGACUCUUAUGUCUCUCAUGGGAGAAACCUAAGAAUAACUGUCACCAGUAUGAACUUGUUACUUUUAUUACAUAACAGAUAGGAAAAGUGGUCUCUAAUUAUUUCAUGACAUACAAUUAGAUAAAUUAUUGUAACACACCGCACCGUAGCUCACAAAAUAAAAUAAUUGACAGAUAACUUAUUUUCUUUUGAAAAAAAAUCCAAUAUUACAGUAUAAUGAGGCCCAAAUUAUUUUUGUUCCACAUGAGAAUUAAAUGGGAUUUACCUUUUAAUUAAACAUUAUUUAAAUCGUAAGUAUUGUAUUUUUUUAAACUACAUAAACAAAGUCAAUUGGUGUUAAUGAAUAUGUGGAAAUUCUCAUGGAAACUAUGCACUCAUUGGGAAGUGGGUGGGGGGGUCAACAACCAAGUCUGGCAACAUAAGACCUGUCGUGUGUCUCAGGUCAGCGGACGACUUAGUUCUGAUCCAUCAGUGUAAUCUAAUUUAAUUGGCCAUAGAAUAUUUAUGACGGACAUGUCAGUGUUUACCAUUAAAAAAAAGACCUUCGGUAUGUUCAUAUAAUAAGAUUGGAUGUCACUCCCUUCAAUCCAAUUCACUCUAAAUGACUACAUUUUAGUGUUGACAUUUCAGGUUUUGUGCUCACUACGACGGAUCCAUCAGCACAGCACGGAUCACCGCAUCACCCUGUCCGUCUUUCUCGCUGAAAGAAAGGAUUAAACACCCCUGAUUUAGACUUCAACUGUUUUUUUUUCUGAACCACCACAUGUGCCGCGGCCAAAUAUACUUUGUACCCUGAGUGAGUACCUCCCACUGGGGCCGGGAGAAUUCAGACACUGACCCCAUUGUGUUCAGCACCACUGAUGCAGGUGAGUGCACAGAUCCGUUAUUACUAGAUCUCUUUUUUUUUAAAUCCUCCACAAAUACAAGCCUGCACUCCGAGUCCAGAUAAUUCCAAACAGAUUUAAUGUUAAUGAGGUCCAGACACUGAUAAGCCCGAUCAACUGCUGAAAUUCAGCCCCAAACUGUCAUGGAGUCCUCUUUAUUCUUCAUCAUAACUGACCUUUUUAGUCCAAGUGAUUUAUUAGUGCAACCAACCUUGGUUAAUAACCAGCUGUAGACCAGGGGACGCUUCACAGUUCAGUCACAGAACAUCAUGCCAGUUAUUGGACUGUUAGGAAAUGCACAGCAGGAACAUGUGUUGGCAGAGGAUUGCUUGUGUUACAAAACCAUCGACAGGUUGUAUACUACAGGUCUGGUGUGACAGACAGACAGACAGAUAGAAAACACGCCGUCCUCUACAUGCUAAAGGGCAGGUAGGCAGUGGAAGGGCAGCCUCGGACUAUGUAUAGCAGAGAGCGUGUGAGAGCCUUCUCUCUGUCAUGUGUCCAAGAGUGGGCAUGACACUGGGCUGUAUGAAGGAAACAUUUUCCACAUGCUAAGGUUCUGGUUACCGCUGGUGAUGAAGUGCUUGUCCAAAGGAGUGAGGAAAACUGCAAGGAGAGUCACCAUAGCUCAGGAACACCCCGCGCCCGGAAUACCAUAUAAGACACUGUGAAACUGGAUCCUUUUAAAAAAUACUACCUGAAGCUAUGAUGACAUUUGGCUGUGGAUGUCUUUUCCUGUCUGUAGAACACGUAUUGGUGGAGCAGAUGAAGUCAUAUUUACAUUAAAGUCAAAUCAGAACUGCUGUUUUAUAGCUUUGGUCGAUGGUUUGACUCAGUCCUGAAGGCCUAACCCUUGUGUGACCUAAAAGUGAUGAACAUACCACAUGUGUCAAAUAUACAGUGUAGAAGAAUUUUAUAAUUUUUUUAAUUAUUUUAUUAAUAGGCACAAAUGAGAUCAAGGUCUGGAGUGAGGUCACACUGCGAGUGGUUUGAAUUGUGUUGAGAAACAAAAAACCGUGGCCUCCCACAGCUGGUCGCGGCUCGCCCACAUAUAACCUCUGAGGGAGAUAUUUACUGGUGUAUCUAGUUAUGAUGCAAAGGGCAAGCAGAGGUGUCACAUGACAGAUGUGCUGUGGAGAAACAGAAGAACGCUUCCUGUGGGCAAACCAAAAUAUUUAUUCCACUGUUUGGACUGCAAUUCUAGGAAAUAUUGUUAUUAUUCUUUGACUCACUGAAGGAAUCAAAUAAAAAAUGAAUAGUAAUAAUUGAAGAAGUAACUUAAUAUAUUUUCUCAUGUUGUUUUGGAUUUUUGCAAUGGUGAGCAGUGACACAGCUUAGCCUGAAAGGACCAAGCUCCUUAUGACCUUUAUGACCUUUAUACUUUUUGUCUAAAAAAUAAUUUCAAAAAAUCUAAAACUAUGUUCUGCCUUCGGUUAAAUUAAUAUUUAACCAAACUACAAAUUAAAAGUAAUAUUUGUGCACCUGUACAUAAGAAACGUAAAGACUGAAGUACUUAAGAGUUUCCUCUUGCAUGUUCCAAGACUAAAAAAAGAAAUCUGUAAACAACGUUAAAAUACAUAAUAUUAGUCUGAUGGCCUGGUACUGAGCCACUGUCAACAACAAAAGUCAAAAUAAAAUCAUGUGCUGAUGCUUUACGAUGUUGUUUUGCUGUUGUGCAACUCAACUGUCUUGUUCACGUCACCAAAACAACACGUUUCUCAGAAAAGUGACACAUUUAACCUCAGGUGACAACGUAAAUACUGUGGCUAUGUCCCAGAAAUCAACAGGACUAAGGCACUGAGCCUUCAAUACACACACUAUUAACAUUUAGACAUGAUAAUAAUCCUGGUUGUUUGUGUUUAUGUAAGAAGAUCUCUUGAAAUCAAACCCAAAGAGAACAUUUUGGCAGCAGUUUUUACGACAAAGGGGCGGGAACAGUGUCAGAGAACAUGUGCCUGGACAGAGGGAGGAGCUUCAGUGGCGGAUCUCAUUUCUAAACUGAAGUCACUGGAUGUUAAGCCCCAAAAUAGCUCUACAGAAGGUAUAUAGGGGUCCUCUUCAGCUGGUCCUGUUAGACGAUAGUCCCGUUCAACAGCAAACACACCGUGCAUUCAAAGUCAGACAGAGGAGAAAUUCACAGCAGAUGAGAAAAAGAAGAUCAUCUUCCUGAGAGAAGGGGAUUUGAACAGAGUCAAAAGAAGCACAGAGUUUGAAGAGAACUUUAAAUGAACUUUACAAUGCUAAGUGAGAAACAUUAGAGGCUGCACCAGGUUGGAUAAUUAAAGGAGACCAGGAGGACACAAAGAGGACACACAUCAAAGGAUACAGGCCAUUUGUUUGGGGAUUUCUUUAUUUUUCUGGAUUUCUCACUUCCCUCCUCUUGAGCUGACGGCAGAGGAGGAGGAACUGCAGUGAUGAAGUUCAACUAUCAUGUACCAGCGUCCACGUACACACGCACAUCACAUUACACACCAACGUACCAAACACCUUCACAGUACACCCCAUCACAGUACACACCAACACAGUACAAGUCGUCAUAUACCUCACCCACAAAGUACAGCUCAACGCAGUACACUCCGUCACAAUACACUUCCACUUCUUACAAAAGUUCACCCACCUACAUCCCCUCGUACAGCUCAGAACCACGGUACACUGCGUCACGCCGUGCACAAGCGAAGAUAACCCCCACACCUGUAAAAAGGGCUGUGCACUUCCCCAAUGACAUCAUCUUUCAGGAUAACGUAAGGCGAGGAGAUUUGGAGCAGAUUGGCCGCUUCAUGAGAGCAAGAAAAGUUCGUGUGGAUACUAUUUUUCUCUCAGGCAUGGCAGCACUACAUGAGGCUGUGCUAACAGGGAACCUGGAGGUGGUGAAACUCCUGGUGAAAUAUGGCGCUGAUGUACAUCAGAGAGAUGAAGAUGGCUGGACACCACUUCACAUGGCCUGCAGUGAUGGGUACCCAGAAAUUGCAAGGUAUCUGCUGGCAAUGGGAGCCAGCACAGAGGCACAGAACGAAAGCGGAGAAAAGCCAUCGGACCUCAUUGACCCAGACUGUAAAGAGCUGACCAAACUGUUUGAGACUGGCUGUGUGUGACUUACAGGCCCCCCUGUGGACAGUUUGCUCGUAGCACCAAUCCUGUUAAAACUGGAUGAUUAUUCUCCACUGUGUGAACGUAUGUUUUUCUUUUUCAUAAUGCCAGUGUCUAUGAUAUAAUGA